CUCGACCCCUCCACGCCUUUCCCUCACCAAAUUCGAACACUCCCGACGUUUCCGGCCACCGCCGCCGCCCCUCCUCUCCGACGCGGCCGUCACUGGAGCCGCCCUCCACGCCUGCGCACGCACGUCGCCGCCCCCAUGGAUUCCUCCCCGGUCGCCACCACGCCGUCCGCGCCGACUGCGGCCUCCGCCCCGCCGCUCGAAGACUGCCUCCGCCUCCUCCGCGGCGAGCGCGACGAGCAGAAGCUGGCGGGCCUCCUCAUCGCCGCCAACGUCUGCCGCGCCGGCGACGCCGCCGCCGUCGCCCAGGUCUACCGCGCAGUCGGGCCCCGGUUCCUCCGCCGCCUCCUCAACACCGGGCUGGGGAAGGUGGAGGGCGGGAAGGAGGAGGAGCGGGAGGCGUACCUGCGGCUCGCCGUGACCGUGCUUGCUGGGCUUGCGCGCGCCCCGGAGGUUGCGGCCGACGCCGGGGUCGUCUCUGCCGUGCCCCUCAUCGCCGAGGUUGUUUCCAAAUCGCCUGAUCUUACAAUCACUGAAGAAUGUUUCGAACUUCUAUCGCUGGUUGCCAUAGCCUCUGAAGAUGGAGCAUAUAAGUUUUGUGAGCCUGGAGUUAUGGACAUGCUCUUCAGUCAAAUCUCCAACUUCCCAGAGGGUUCAAGGUGCUUAGAGCUUUCCACUCAUCUAUUGCAGUUACUUGUUCAUAAGCUCAGAGCAGACAGCAUGAGUGUGGAGAAAUUGCAGGGCAUGGCAAGCAUGGUGACUUCUCUUGCUAUGCUUUUCGGUGUACUUCAUACGGCAGUUAAAUUUGAAUCGCUGCACAUGCUUGCGACACUCCUUUCUCAAAAAGAAUCUCCACUUCAUGAUGCUUUGAGGUCAAUGCCAUCCACGAUCUGGAAAUCUCAUAUCCGUGGUGGGAUUAUAGACGUUCUCCAAAACCGUGUUGUAUCCUCUGAAAAGCUGCAAGCUCUUCUUUUGGCGGAGUGCAUGAUGUCCAUACUGGGCGAGAAUUGGUUGUCAGAAGAUCAUAAAAUCCUGGAUGACAAGAAUGCGAUCUCCGUUGACAAAUUUGUCCUGCUAGUCCUACAAUCUGCAAGAGUUGAAGUUGCUGUCCUUCUAAACGAACUUGCUUUUUCGAAAUACGAGUCAUCAAAAAGUUCUCAGACGGAUGAUGCCAUCAUCCAGAAACAGAGAAACCUGGCUAUAUUGUUUUCACUGAUAGAAAGAAUAAUCAAAAUGAUAUCAGAUGCCAGUAGUGGUGAAGGUGAACCAAGUCAGACCAUCUGUGAAAGGACCAUAAUGCAGGUAAUUACGGGACUAAAUGAGACAAUCGGUUUAGUGUUGGACUUCCUGCAGGAUGCAAAGGACCAUGGGCAAAGGAAAGGUGAUGAUCUUCUGGCAGCUGUGAGAAUAGUAGGAAGCUAUCUGGCAGAGACACCAUAUGCCUGCCAGGAGAAGACUGGACAUCUACUGGAGUUUAUCUUUUCUAUCGAAGGUCAAGAUGAAUCAAGCCCGUUCUAUUCUGUUCGCUUCAUGCUUCCAAUGCUAUCACAAAUAACGACGACAGCUGAUGGAUGUAGAACUUUGGUGUCAUUUGGAGGCUAUAAAGCAGUUAUAGACUGCCUCAUUAAAAUGACCGAGGAGAAUGGAAUGAUGAUCGACGAUGGUAGCAUGUUUUUGGCAUGUGAUACUAUCAUAAACAUUAUGUCAAAUGGGAAGAAUUAUCCUAUUAAAAUGGAGCCUUGUUUCAUCCGCCUCUUGCAAGCACUUAUUACAUGGGCUGGAACAACAGAUGCUUCAUCAGUCAUCAUGACAGCCGCCAGCUUAUGCACGAUGGUGAUGGAGUUGACAUCAGAAGAGUUUCUCUUGAGCUGCUCAGGUUUUGACCCCAAGACCCUUGGGAGAUUGUCUGACCUCAUUGCCAGAAGCUUGCAUCAGGAUAUCCCUGACGACGAUAGUGAACAGCUUAACCAAAAGCAAAUCAUUGCAUCAGGUUAUAGGCGCUGGGCUGAUCGAUUCCCGAGUGUUAGAAAUGUCGUACAUGAGCAUGUAUCUGUCUGAUCUUCUCUGCCCAAAGAGUUCUCUGUUGCGAAUGUAGCCAUACAGAUGGGGAACCCAAAGUGCAAGCAUCCUGUCGCAUCAGGUGUAAUCUCAUGCGGGGUGCCGUAACCCGUUCCCCUCGCCGGCAUCCACAUGUAGCCGUCGGUGGAUGACUCGUUAUUCUGUGUAACGGCCGAUGCCUUACAUGAAGGUGCUGCUAGGGCAGGCAGGGUAGGGUUGCAAACAUCACUUGAACCCUCAGUGGCUAGCUGGCAUGGGUUUCUCACUACACUGGAUUACAUUAAGUGACAGGCUGGCUGAGAUGUUAGACCACAUCUGUUUUCUCUGCCAUUUUGUGUAAAACUAACUAUUUUAGUGUAACAAUGACACAUAAAACCACUAAAUCUUACUGUAGGUUACACACGACAAAAUCGAAAUCAAACAGAACACCCAAAAUUGGUGACCAA